AACGUCAAAACUCGGACAGGCUGUGACUGGGUCCGCCACAGCGGGAGCGGCGCUGAGCCCCGGAGGCGGCGAGAGCUGCUGCCGGUGCCGACACCACCAUCGCUACCUUCUCCCUCCCCCCCAACCCCCCUCGGCUGAGGCCAUAAAGCUCGGACCGGCUUCUCCAUGGCCCGGACAACCGUGCCCGGCUGAGCCGCUUUCCAGUUGGCUGAAGCCACUUUCCUGAGGUUGAGUCGUCGCGGCGGCGGUGGGAAUUGCAGGUGGCCCAGAGGAAGAGAAAGAAUCAACACAUUGGGAAAAAAAAAAUCUGAAAAUACAGGCAUUGUUCCACUUCCACUGGAGAUGAGUGAGAACAUUCCAAGGCAUGUGGGAUAACCAGUGAAAAGGCCUGGAGUCCCCAACUUCAUCCUUUCGACAAUAUAUUGGGAGGGAAGUAUUGAGUUUGAUGAUUGGAGUAAUGAGGUCUUUUGCUGCUUCUGUUGACUCACAAUAUCAUCUGAAACAAGUCACUUUAUUUUGCAUCAGUUUACAUAACUCACCUUCCACUUAUGCUUGCAGAUGGGUCAAGGGCUGUGGAGAGUGGCUAGAAACCAGCAACUGCAACAGGAAGGCUAUAGUGAGCAAGGCUACCUCACAAGAGAACAGAGUAGGAGGAUGGCUGCUAGCAACAUUUCUAAUGCAAACCAUCGCAGACAAGCCCAAGGAGGCAUUGACAUAUAUCAUCUUUUGAAAACAAGGAAAUCUAAAGAACAGGAAGGAUUCAUUAAUUUGGAAAUGCUGCCUCCUGAACUAAGUUUUACCAUUUUGUCCUACCUGAAUGCAACUGAUCUUUGCCUGGCUUCAUGUGUUUGGCAGGAUCUUGCUAAUGAUGAACUUCUCUGGCAAGGGUUGUGCAAAUCCACUUGGGGUCACUGUUCUAUAUACAAUAAAAACCCACCUCUAGGAUUUUCUUUUAGAAGAUUGUAUAUGCAGCUGGAUGAAGGCAGCCUCACCUUUAAUGCCAAUCCAGAUGAGGGAGUGAACUACUUUAUGUCCAAGGGCAUCCUGGAUGAUUCGCCAAAGGAAAUAGCAAAGUUCAUCUUUUGUACAAGAACACUAAAUUGGAAGAAGCUAAGAAUAUAUCUUGAUGAAAGGAGAGAUGUCUUGGAUGAUCUUGUGACAUUGCACAAUUUUAGAAAUCAGUUCUUGCCAAAUGCACUGAGAGAGUUUUUUCGACAUAUUCAUGCCCCUGAAGAACGUGGAGAAUAUCUUGAAACUCUCAUAACAAAAUUCUCACACAGAUUCUGUGCUUGUAACCCUGAUUUGAUGAGAGAGCUUGGCCUUAGUCCUGAUGCUGUCUAUGUACUGUGCUACUCUUUGAUCCUGCUUUCCAUCGACCUUACUAGUCCUCAUGUGAAGAACAAAAUGUCAAAAAGAGAAUUUAUUCGAAAUACCCGGCGUGCUGCUCAGAACAUUAGUGAAGAUUUUGUAGGGCAUCUUUAUGACAACAUCUACCUUAUUGGCCAUGUGGCUGCAUAAAAGCACAACUGUUAGGACUUUAGUUUUGAAAGGUGAAAACAACUAAAGCUAACCAAGAAAUUAAUUUGUAGAUAUGGGGGUUACACUAGUGCUGGUCAUUCUAACCUCUGCAUACAAUCAAGUGUAUGUAUACUACCUUUUUUUUUUUUUUUUUUUUUUAGUAAUUUACUAUGGGAACUGAAAGAUUUUUACAGAAAUUUUUCUUAAUUUUCUUUAUCAUGUUUUGCACAAAGCAGAGUCUGACACAACCAUUUAAAAAUAUUUAAGCUGACAUUACACUAAAAAUGUGGUAAAUUUGUGCAUUUGAUUUGCUUCAUAAAUCUUAACCAGUUCCAUUCUUUUAUAAAAUACCAUAUAAUGUGUACAUAUUUAACUAAAGAGAUUUAUAAUCAUAAUUAUUUUAUUGUAUAGUAUUUUAACUAAAGUUUUUCUUUUUCUCUCUAAAGUUGAGUUCUGAAUUUCUUUACUACUGAUCAGAGAUUGCAAUUGUUUUCCUGAAAGUCAGAUCUGACUUCUACGUGAUUCAUUAGUAACAAUAUUUAUUUCAUUUUUAAAGUAGAAAGGAGAAAACUAAUUUCUUUAUAAUUUUACGUUGCAUUUUAUCUGUAUAUACAUCUGUGUUUAUGUGUAUACACACGUAAUUAGACCCAUGAUUUUAGGGAGACAGCGUGACAUAAUAGUUAGAGUGCUAAAACUGGAGUGAGUCCUACCUGUAAUACUUUGUCACCUUAGGCAAGUCAUUCAACUUCUUAGUGACCUAUAUAAUUCCCUAAGACUAUAAAUUGUAGAUUAACUGGUGAUUAGCAUCUAUGGUGGGAGUUUCCAUAUUGGAAGUUCUAAUAUAUAAUGAUAAAAUCACUAGUCUGGUGCCACACCCCCAUGGAUGUGCACACAUAUAUGUAUACAUAUGUAUACAGCAACAUAAAGAUACAUGAUGAGUAUAAAUGGGUUGCAGCAUAUUGUCAACCAUUACUUUCAUGCAAGAAAUAGUAUGUGUCAUGUGUAUACAUAUAACUACAUAAAUAUAUGUAUAUGUACAUAUAAGCAUAUGUUAAUAUCUGGAGUAAGAAAGACAUGUUUUCCCCAUAAUUACUUUGCUAUUUCAGCUUAACCACUAAUUAAGUAAGAUACUGAGUAAUAUUUUUUUAACUAGAUAACACAUGAUCUUUGUCUUCUUAGAAUUUAUAUUUUAAUAGCAUUUAAAUUUUUUGUUUCAUACAGGUACAUCCUGUGAUGGAAAAAAAAUUUAAAAACUUAAGAUACUAUAACAUUCUUAUUCACUAUAGAUUACAUCUUGUUUCAAGAAUUGCUUUUCCUCAGUACUUGAAUAAAUUAGAAUAAAAUAUUCAUUAAGUAGCAUAAUAAAUCUUUCUUGACUGUCUUUAAAAUAGCAAGUGGUACUAUCUUCUCUGAAAUACUUUCUUGCCAGUAAGAUUUCAAAAGGGAUAUAGUAUUGUCAUUUCAAUCUGGUUAGGAAGUAAGCUGUUCCAAUUAAUCAGAUUGUUUUGGUUAACAGGAGGUUAUCUAUGCCAUAGAUAUAUUAUCAGUUUUUUAAAAAAUUAUAUUUUAAAGCAGGAAUUAUACAGAUCAUAGCUUAAUAAUUGAUAAUUCAGAAAAACCCAUUAAAAUUAUGAGUGUAUCUGUAUUUAUUGAGGCUCACCACUUUAAUCUAAAUGUUUCUUCCUCUCUUAUCCUUACCUCUCCCAAAAAUCUAUAUACAAAGAUGAAAGAGAUGAUUCAGUUUUGUAAGAUCACACUUAUGAAUUGGUAGAUAAGGCUUUUUUUCUUAUUUUGGAGAAAUGGAAGAAUAGGAAAAAAAAAAAAAAAAACAUUUAGAUCAAAGUGGAGAAACUCCAUUGUUGUCCAGAUCUGG